CAACAUCGACCUUUGUACCUUUUUUCAUCAAAAGAAGUACAUGCCAACCGCAAUGAUGAUUGACCCCGUCCAGGCUUUCGCUGCGGCCACGUCCCACGUCUCUCUCCCAACCGUUGUGCCAGUGCCCAGCGUCGAGUACCAGAAUGCCACCGAGACUGGCCACCGCACCCUCUGGGUCGUCUUCGUGGUCAUGCUCGUCUCCUCCAUCAUCUUCACCGGCAUGGCAUGGAGCGUCCCAGUGUCCAAGCGUCUCUAUCACAUCAUCACCACCAUGAUCACCAUCUUCGCUACCCUCUCCUACUUCGCCAUGGCCAGCGGUCACGGCAUCUCCUACAACCACACCGAGGUCCGCGAGUCCCACAAGCACGUUCCCGACACCACCCACGAUGUCUACCGCCAGGUCUACUGGGCGCGUUACGUCGACUGGACCGUCACCACUCCUCUCCUCCUCCUCGACUUGGCCCUCCUCGCUGGCUUGAACGGUGCCACCAUCUUCAUCACCAUCGUCGCCGACAUCAUCAUGAUCUUGACCGGUCUCUUCGCUGCUUUCGGCACUGAGGGUACUCCCCAGAAGUGGGGCUGGUACGCCAUUGCCUGCAUCGCCUACCUCGUCGUCAUCUGGAUGUUGGUUGUCCACGGACGCCAGUCUGCCAGCGGCAAGGGCAACAAGGUUGGUGGCUUCUACGCUUCCAUCGGUGCCUUCACCCUCAUCCUCUGGACCAUCUACCCAAUCAUCUGGGGAGUGGCUGACGGCUCUCGCAUCUUGGACGUUGACGAGGAGAUCAUCUCCUACGCUGUUCUCGACAUCCUCGCCAAGCCCGUCUUCGGUGCCUGGUUGUUGUUCACCCACAGCCGUACCCCCGAGAUGCACGCCGACCUCGGUGGCUUCUGGGCCAACGGUCUCAACGGCGAGGGUGCCAUCCGCGUCGGUGACGAUGACGAGGGCGCUUAAGCGUAUCACCUCACUGAGAAGCCAACUUCUGUGCCGGUGGACGAACCCUCCUCGCCGGGAAUUGUCAACAUCACAGAAUAAUGUCAAGGAGGAACGCAACAAAACGGAUGAAGUUCGAAGAGCAUUCACGAUAACACACGAACUUCACACACAUCAACAUAACUUGAACGAUCACGAGCAUGAGAUACGGAACGACUAAGCAAGCAUCUUCCCGUGCGUACUGGAGUUUUUCCUACCCUCUACUUCGUCUCACAUCAGAGUGGAAGGUCGUUGGCAUUCUGCAAGGAAGCCGAUGGACUGGGUUGUACCAUACCGAUACGUAGGCUCGAUUAUAAUGGAGUAAUGGCUGAG